CUAAGCCGCUGUGGUUCCUGGUGAGCUCAGCUCCGUGACUCCCUGAAUGGGCGGCCCCUUAUGUAAACCAGGGAAGGGGUUGCUUUAGGAUUUGUUUACAUGUUCCCCCUCAAAUGAGAGAAGAUCCUGAAGUCAGAGGACAACUUGGCGAAGUGCUGCUGCACUUUUCAAUUUUCAGUACAGAACCUGAAAGAUAAUUCUGAAAUCUUGAACACGUUUUUCUGAAUUCCUCAGAGCAGUCAGCAGGAAUAGGUGCACUGUGUGUACUGGGUCUGUGGUAGCUCUCAUGUAGGCUAUUCAGAUAAAGCGUCAGUUGGAUUUUGUUCCCAGGUUUUACCCUACAGUACUACAAUGAUAGCGUCACAGGAACACAAGUGGACGGGAUGUUUGACCUUCUGAGACCUGUGAGUCACAUUCAAAUAAGAAUGGAGCCCUGUUAUUGAUGAGUCGGAGAGAGAGAGAGAGAGAGAGAGAGCAGCUGUGUGAGUGUGUGAGAGAGAGAGGUGCUCAGUCCUGAAGAGAUCACACAACGACACAGAGCCUAGCUAGCGCUGCUGAGACGUAACUCAUAGGAGUAUGCAGAGUAGUAUCUAAGUUUGUCCUGAGGACAGACACCACAACUGAUCAGAAUGGGAAACACUGACAGCCAGUACAGCAGCUUUAACGUCCCUGGGAAAUCCAAAUCCUGCUCUCUAAAGUUCUACUCCGCUAAAGAGGAGGCCCUGUCCCCCCAUAGCUGGUGGAGGGGCAGCGAGGGGAGCGGCCAGGGAUACAGAACCAGAGGCAAAGGGGGGAGGGUCUGCCUGCCCCAGCACAAGAUCACUCACAACCAGCCUUAUGGCUCUUCGAAACACUAUGAGCACCACAUCACUAAGGAGGGCAGGGAACUGGGGGGGCCCCCGGGAGCCAAGCUGAAGCCCAUCUCUCCACAGAGGUGUGGCAGAGGGGACAGCUCCCAAGUGACCAGGAAAAACACCUGUCAUACCGGUUACAGUUACCUGGAGAGUAGUGGGGAGAGUGUUAACGGUCUCGGGGCUAAUGGACAGCGUACCCCCGAGAGGACUUCUCCGUGUGAGCACAGGGUUCCCCUAGAGAGCCGCAGCAGCCCCAAGGUGCUUCUCCGUAAGGAUGGCAGCAUGCGUGUUGAGUUCACCAACACCAUGCGGAUGUCUCUGGAGCCCCAGGAUCGGUCAGGCCACAGCCAACCUGUGGGAGCCGCCCCAGAGCCCUCUCUGACUGGGACCAGCAAGGGUAGCUCCCUGAGCUCCGAGGGCUCCUGGUACGACUCUCCCUGGGGGAACCCCACGGAGCUCAAUGACAAUGUGUUCACCUGUAGUCAGACCGUAGCGGGGGACAACAGCAGCGGCUACACCACCUACUCCUCCACUCGCACCGAGGAGACGGGCUGCGGCUUCAACACCUUCUCGUCCGCCCACACUGAGGACAUCUCCCCGGGGUUCAACCCCAGCCUCCUCUUCCAGACUGUGGAUGGUAACGGUCAAUAUACAAGCCGAGGGUUUAACAGCAACGGGUAUAACACUUGCUCUUCGGGCCGCACUGAGGACAGUGGCAUCGGGGACUCCAUGAUCCUUCAUCCGGAGAAGAGUCCGUUUAGCCUCAUGUCCCCUCCUGUGUCCCUGUCGGACCUCUACUCUAACCCCAGCGUGGCGGCUGUGUUCCCCACUGCUCAGUUCCAAGACGUCCCCCAGCAACGGGGGUCGCUCACUUCGUUACUGACCCUGGACGCGGUCAUCCAGGAGGAGAGCUCGGGGUUGUACGACCAGCGCUACUCCUCUCACAGUCGCACGCUGCCAUGCAGGAGGGUUACUGCCACGGUGGCCACCGAGCCCUCCGCCAUCGUGGUCGGUAACAGCAGAAAGGACAACCUGAAGAGCCGCAUCAGGCGCCUCGGCGACUGGACGGGAAGUCUGAGCAGGAAGAAAAGAAGACUACAGGAGCCUUACGGUAGUGAGACCAGUGAGGGCUUUAGCAGUGGAGUGGACCCUGGGUUAGGUAACUCUAGCUCCCAGUUAACUGGUCCACUGUGGAAUCCCCUCCACACCCAGGCCUACACCCACACCCAGGGCCAACAGUGCCACAGUGACGCUCUGCGCCAGAACAUCUAUGAGAACUUCAUGCAGGAGCUGGAGACAGGACGCAACAGUGGGCCGGAGAGGACUGAGCCCUCGGAGGAGGGAGAGGAGGAGGAGAUGGGAGGAGGGGGGGGAAUAGGAGAGGGAGAGCAGGGGGAGAGCAGUGGUAGUGGCUCCCUGGGUUCCCUGGAGCAGCUGGACCUGCUGUUUGAGAAGGAACAGGGGGUGGUGCGCAGAGCCGGCUGGCUCUACUUCAAACCCAUCCUCACCCUGCACAAGGACAGGAAGCUGGAGCUGGUGGCCCGUAGGAAGUGGAGGCAGUUCUGGGUCACACUUAAAGGGUGCACCCUCCUGUUCUAUGAGACCUAUGGGAAAAGCAGCUGUCCCGAGCAGGAGCUGUCCCCGCGCUACGCCCUGCUGGCCGAGGACAGCAUUGUCCAGGCCGUCCCCGAACACCCCAAGAAGGAGAACGUCUUCUGUCUGAGCAACGCCUACGGAGAUGUCUAUCUGUUCCAGGCUGCCAAUCAAACAGACCUGGAGAACUGGGUGACGGCCAUCCACUCUGCCAGCGCCUCUCUGCUGGCUAAGAGACAGGGGAAGGAGGACACGGUGAGGUUACUGAGGAGCCAGACACGCGUCCUGCUGCAGAAGAUCGACAUGGACAGCAAGAUGAAGAAGAUGGCUGAGCUGCAGCUGUCUGUCAUCAGUGACCAAAGGAACAGGAAGGCCAUCGAGAGCCAGAUCCAGCAGUGGGAGCAGAACCUGGAGAAGUUCCACAUGGAUCUGUUCCGGAUGCGCUGCUACCUAGCCAGCCUGCAGGGCGGUGAGCUCCCUAACCCCAAGAGUCUCCUGGCCGUGGCAGGACGCCCCUCUAAGACCGCUCUGGGACGCCUGGGGAUCUUCUCUGUCUCCUCCUUUCAUGCCCUGAUCUGCACCCGUGACGAGGCGACCCUGCGGAGACGUUGCCGAUCUUUUUCCAGAGGGGCUCGGAGUAAGAGAGGCCUCUUCUCCUCCCUCAAGGGCCUGGACAGCUUGACCAAACGCAGCAAGGAGAAGAGGGAGUCCGUGUCCCAGGUUUUUGAAGGACAAAGUAUUGGAGUGCCUGCUGGGCAUAUCCCCAACCACUGCAGCUCAGAGAGAUUGGACGCUCUUGCCAAAAUGCAGUUGAUAGCACCACCUGAAGGCAACCCUUGGUACAGCAGUUUGGAAACUACCGUUUGUGUGAAUAUGCCUGACAGCCAAAGCAUUACUCUGCACAUCAAACCCGAUUUCCUCGUAUCGGACUUGCUAUCUUUGGCCUGUAAGGAGCGGCACCUGGACCCGAGCCAGCACUGCCUGCGUGUGAGGAGGCUGGUGGGUCAGGACACGGAGACCUUCUCCCCAGCGCCCACAGACCCACUACGAGACCUGGUGUAUGAAGAGCUUGAGGUCUUACCACUCAAUGUUUUCACCAUACAACUGUCCCGCCCUGACACAGCAGUAGACUUUGGCUUUGCUGUGACAGGCCAUGUAGACGGAGCCAGGAAGAGCCAUGUCUACUUGAGUGAGGUCAACCCAGGGGGACUGGCUUUCACUGAAGGUCUGAGAGCGGGGGAUGAGAUCCUGGUUCUGAAUGGGACCAGUGUGUCCCAUCUGGACCUGGGGCUGAUACACCUGAUGUUCAACCACCAGAUCCUCCACCUACUGCUCAGACGAGAGGAGCAAGUCCCUGGCGACCACACCUCUGUCUGGCCAGACGUUGACCCCUGGCAGCCAGGACCACCACCACCACCCAGCCACGGUGUCUGGCCUAUAGAUAUGCCACCGCCCCAGGAGCUUCCAGAGAGCUCCGUAGCUCCUCCCUUUGGUGAGGUGUCACAACAACCACCACCUGCUGAUGAGAUGGAGCAGCUCGGCCAGAAUGUGGAGACGGUGUGCUCGCUGUACCAGACCUUCCCAGAGGGCCGUGGGGCGGUGGUGGUCGAGGGCCAGAGAAACCCCUAUUCCAUGGAGCCCCUCGGGCCACAGGUCCAGAAGCCCCCCUGCCCCAGACACAUGUCUAUCUCUGAGAGGCUCUGUAAGGUCAUACAGGAACUGGUAGACACAGAGAAGUCCUACGUCAAGGACCUGGGCUGUCUGUUUGACAUUUACCUGACCCCUCUACAGAGCGAGACCUUCCUCAGCCAUGACGAGAUGGAGUCUCUGUUUGGCAGUCUGCCUGAGAUGCUGGACUUCCAGAGAGUGUUCCUACACACCCUGGAGGAGCGCAUCGCCUCCUCGCCCAACUUCAGCUCUCUGGAGACCCCGGAACAGUUCAAGAAACUUCUCUUCUCGCUGGGCGGCUCCUUCCUCUACUAUGCCGACCACUUCAAGCUCUACAGCGGCUUCUGUGCCAACCACAUCAAAGUCCAGAAGGUUCUGGAACGAGCAAAGACGGACCGGGCUUUCAAGGAGUUCCUGGAAGCAAGGAACCCCACCAAGCAGCACUCUUCCACCCUGGAGUCGUACCUCAUUAAGCCAGUCCAGAGGGUGCUCAAGUACCCCCUGCUGCUCCGAGAGCUGGUAUCCCUCACUGACCCCGAAAGCGAGGAACACAGCCACCUCACAGAGGCCCUGAGAGCCAUGGAGAAGGUGGCCAGCCACAUCAAUGAGAUGCAGAAGAUCUACGAGGACUACGGCACUGUUUUUGACCAACUGGUGGCAGAGCAGAGUGGCCCUGAGAAAGAGGUGACAGAGAUCUCCAUGGGGGAGUUCCUCAUCCACUCCUCUUUAAAGUGGCUCAACCCUCUCCCCUCCCUGUGUCGCAUGAGGAAAGACCCUGAACUGACAGUGUUUGUUUUCAAGAGAGCAGUGAUCCUGGUGUACCGUGAGAGCAGCAAGAUGAGGAAGAGGAUGACCACGUCACGCUCCGACCUGGACCCCUUCAAGUUCCGCUGGCUCAUCCCAGUGUCGGCAGUGCAGGUCCGCCCGGGGAACACAGCAGGAGCAGAGAACCCUUGUGUCUGGGAGCUGGUCCACACCAAGUCUCAGGUGGAGGGGAGACCAGAGACUGUAUUCCAGCUCUGCAGCAGUGGUUUGGAGAAUAAGGCCAGUGUGGUGAAAGCUCUUCGCUCCCUUCGAGACUGCACCCGGAGGCCUCUCCUACCAGAGAGGGGUUCUAGAGAGCACCUAGGCUCCCUCCGCAGGACCCAGCCUGCACCUGUCAGAGACGGCUCCUGGAGGAGAAGACAACAGCGCCAAUCAGAGGCCGGGAGGACUGCAGGCCACCAGCACCACUCAGACGACAGCAGUGUGUCCAGCGGUGGCCCCUACCCUGGUCCAGGAGAAACCCACACGGAGCCCCAGCUCCCCAGCCGCUCCUCCACGGGCCUCCCCAGCCUGGAAGGCACCACACUGGGCAAGAGGGCCUGGCUGUGCUCCCUGACCAGCACCCUGGAAGCCCAGCUCCAGAGACUCAACUUCACAGAAGAGGCCGGGCCGAGGAGCACGGGGACCCAGCAGGAGCACCUCAUACAGGGGGUCCCACAGGGGGGCCAGGGGACGCGGGAUAAUGACUCCCAGUGUGUGGACUUCAACACCCUACUAGGGAGGGACUUCAGUGUGCAGAGCCUGAACUCUGUGGUCAACGAGGACUGCUUCUACGAUACGGUCAUGGGAAUUCAGAAGGCUGCCAUUCCAACGCUAUAGUGGCCUAGGGGAGACUUCACCCCAGAGAGCUGAUGAACACCUUCCUAGGAUCGUAUCACACUGACUACAUUAGAGCCUGGUCAAGUUGCUAUGGACGAGAGGAUGAAUCUCUUUUAAUGUGCUUACUCUGACUCUGCUGAGUAGGCUUUGACUGAAGAACUGAGCUCUGAUCAGUUACUUGACUUGACUUGAUCCUUUUAGCUCCUAGAAGAGCGAAGGCCUGAAGGUCCCACAGUUCCACACCGUCACAGUACAUAUGUAAAUGGUUGCCCGUGGGACUCUCCGGUCUGUCCCUAUGUUUUGCCGCACUCUAUAAGCUAUAAACACAGUUGCCUACGUUCAAUAGCGUUCCUUUCACCUUUUUUUUCUCUCGAAUUCAUCUGGUUUGUAAAUAUAAUGCAGUAUCUCAAUUGCGAGUAGCUUUCUAUUUUCUUGGCUUUUUUGACAAAAGCAGUUGUUAGUUCAAGACUGGAAUUUGCUUGAUAAAAAACAUCUGAUAUGAGUAUUUUGAACCUGUUCCUAUUUAUAUGUAUCUCUAUAUUAUUUUGUUCAUGUGUUAAUAUCCACAGAAAAACUAAGAUUAAGUGUCACAUUUCUAUUAUUAAGGUAAUGCAAAGUCCCUUUUCAAGCUCUUUCAUAUUUGAAGUGAUUUGAUGUAUCAACUUGAAGAAUUCAAGACCCUGGGACUACACGGUUCUCUCUGCACAAAGCUCAUUUCUGAGAUAAUUGAGCAUCAACAUUUUCCUAUCCCAGAUCUCAGAACUGUUGUGUAGCGAAUUCUUCUUUCAUAUUUUAUAUAUACGUUAGUCUAUCACCUUGCGUACAAUCAUUUUUGAUUGACAACCCAGCAUUGUGUGAUUGGAUCGCAGAUAGAACCUUAUAGCACCGAGUUAAAAGGUGUUUGUGCAGAUAGUGCUUUCUGAUAGUUUUUUUUUUCAGCGUAAAAUGACUUUAAACAAAAUCGGGACAUAUCUCACAUGUAAAGGACCACCUAAAGAGCAACUCCGUGUGAAUAACACAUUGUUUGACCAAAAUGUCAGGUGGGACUAUAAGGUUCAAAGGUCACAAAUUGUUGAAAUGUUUGUUAUCAUUAUUCCAAUUUAGCUGAAUUGUAAUUUAUUCUCUAAUAAUGAAUAUUAUUUUCAUAUACAUGACAUUGUACAGGUAAAGUUAAAUGAUGUAAUAUUUAAUAA